AUGGCAGAGGAGUACAAAAGCAAUUUUGACGAUGUGAACAGCGCGGUGGACGCAUUUUUCAAUUACCCAUUGAGGCUUUCGAACAAGAAAAGGCCGUCGAAGGGGGUGAUCAAUUGUGGCGGUGAAUUUUUGAAAAUAUUUGAGAAACAUUUGGGGGAGAAGACCCAUUUGGACGGCGACGAAUUGUCGCCGUUCAUGAAAGAAGUCGGGAUACCUGAAGAUGGGUUCUACUUGUAUGUGAUGUCGUACCUUGGGGAAACGAAAGAGUUUGGGAAUUUCAGUCAAAUGCAGAUGAAGGCGUUUACGGAGAAGAUUGUCUUAACUGGUGCCUAUCAAAAGGAUAUUGAAGACUAUUUCAAUAAGGAGAUUCAAAAGCAGAACCACAAGUUUUUGAUGUUUGUCCACCAACAACUGAAAGUCAUGAUAUUCGCUUUAAACAAAGAACAAAACAAAUUGGACACUAUGACGGAGAAGCAAAUGAAUGUCUCUUUUCGAGUGAGAGAACAAGGGAAGACGGAGUUUGUAGAUAUGUUGAAUGCUGUCUACCAAGACGUGUUACUCAGUGAGAUCUACAAUAGUCCCGUAUUCCCCUUAUUCUUAAACUUUGUAAAAGAUGUUAAAAAAAGGCUUUCAAUAUCAAAGGACGAGUUCUCGUAUAUCACCGACUUCAUUCGCGAAUUUAACACAAUCAAAAAGCUUAAAAUAUCACAAGACGUGAUCGAUGAGAAAGUCUACUUACCGCAACUCUAUCAAGACUUCUUGGAGUUUGUCAAUACAAAACCUUCUAAGAAGUGA